AUGUACACCCACAGCAAGGUGGUCGGCUCCAGGCUUGGCGCCUCCACCUCCCCCACCACCAAGGACCCCUCAGGUUGGCACCGGGAGCUGGGCCGGCCGCAGGGGGCCAGGCAGUGUUUGGAUAAGUUCCCCGAGAGCCCUUCGCGGAGAAACCAGGUGCAAGCGGGCGAGCAGCGCACAGGAGCAUACACCUUGAUAACACCAAAUGAAAACCGAAGAAAUCAGAUACAAAGAAUUGCUGAGAAGGAACUGGAGAACCUGGAGAAGUGGAAGGAGCAACACAGAGCAAAGCCAAUUAACCUGGCGCCGAAGAGGCUAGGUGGAAGCCAAUCAGAGGCUGAAGUCAGGCAGAAACAACAACUACAGCUGAUGCAAUACAAAUACCAGCAAAAGCUAAAAAGAGAGGAAUCUAAAAGAAUCAAGAAGGAAGCUGAAGAAGCUGAAAUAAAAACAAUGAAGAUGGUUCAAAGAGAGAAGAGCAACAAGCUAGAGGAGAAAAGACUUCAAGAAAACCUAAGAAGAGAAAAAUUUAGAGGGCAUCAGCAAUACAACACUGCUGAGUUCAUGAGCAGGCUGGACUCUGGGUUACCAAGCAGAAAUACCUGUCAAGUUGCUCUUCCUGAAGCCAAGUCUUCUCCUUGGUCCAGAAGCCGAGCUUAUAAGGAUUCUCUAAAGGAAGAAGAAAAUAGAAAAUUGCAGAAGAUGAAGGAGGAACAACAUCAGAAGAGUGAGUUACUGGAAUUUAAACGACAACAAGAAGAGGAAGAGAGAAUCAAAACUCACCAGUCUGAACAGAGGAGGGUAAAUAAUGCUUUUCUGGACCGACUCCAAGGCAAAAGUCAACCAGGUGGCCUGGAGCAGUUUGGAGGCUAUUGGAAUAUGAAUAGUGGUAACAGCUGGGAUUUUUGAGAAACAUUUCCUUGCAUCUGAUCUUCGUCAAGUGACCUUGACCACC